AUGUCUCAAUCAGACGCGGUGACAGCGUGCGCCGGUCUUGCGGAAACCUUGCUGCCUAUCAAUGAGACCUUCUUUGCGACCGAGCUCGUACCCUUGCUGCAAUAUCAAGUAUACGAAGACGCAUAUGGUGAAGAGCAGCUGUACUGGGUUCAGCCUGCUGGAGAGACUUGCCAAGCAGUGGACAGCUCGGGGCUUGUGUCCACGGUUUCUUGCGUUUCAGAACUCCCAGUGCUCUGCAGUCAGAGUGCAGCAUAUGGCGCCUCUGCCGCUGCCAACAACUCUAUCACUGUGUACGCAGAUGACCUGGUAGUCACCGGAUACCGUGACCAGCUUUCGUUCCGCUUUGAAGGCAUACCUUAUGUCGAUCCUCCGGAGCGAUUCACAUAUCCAACGGCAUAUACAGGGUCGAAGACAUUGAACGCAACGGCGUUUGGAUCGGAAUGCGUUCAGGCUGGAGUCCCCUCCGGAAGUGAGGACUGUCUCUUCCUCAACAUCUGGACUCCGUAUGUCCCACUUGACGGAGUCGACGAAUCAGUGGAGAGCUUGAAGCCCGUCAUGUUCUGGAUCCACGGAGGCGCAUUCACCAGUGGCACUGGAUCCGACCCGACAUUCACGGGGAGCAACAUGGCAGCCCGCGGCGACGUCGUGCUCGUGACCAUCAACUACCGUCUGUCCACCCUCGGUUUCCUCGCUCUCGAUGACGGAGUGACGAACGGAAACUUUGGCAUUGCGGACCAGGUCGCGGCGCUCGAUUGGGUGAGGGAGUACAUCACCGCAUUCGGUGGCGACCCGAAUCGCAUCACCAUCUUUGGCCAAUCGGCUGGCGCAGCCUCUGUCCGUGCGCUGCUGGCGUCACCGCCUGCUAUUGGCAAGUAUGCAGCGGCAGUCCCGAUGAGCAACCUUGCUGGCUCCGAUUACGCUACAACGUAUUCUCUGUACUACACUAUCCCCGAGGAAAUCAGCGAGGUUGUGUAUGGGAUCCUGGAUGAGACCGGCUGCACUGUCGACAAUGCGUUGGAGUGCCUCAGAGCCUACGAUGCAUACGACCUCGUUAAUCUGAGCAACGUAGCCCGAUUCAUAGUGGUCGACGGCACGUACAUCACGCAUACCGAGCUGCCACUCAACGGAUCAGGGACCGUCGCUAAUGUCCAUGCAAUGAUGGGAUAUAUGCGUGACGAUGGCGCAGCAUUCAUUGGUUAUCCGACUACCACCAAUUUGACAUCGGCUUUACUUGCGCAGUAUCUCCCGACUACCGUUGUAAAAGAGAUGCUCUUCGAGGUGCCGACUGGACCGAACGCGACGUACAAUGUUUUCAAUGUUACAGCACGAGUCGCGACAGACAUCGAGUUCCGCUGCCUCGACCAAGCCACGGCUUAUUCUGCGAUACAGAAUGACCUGUUCCAGAGCGUGUGGUUCUACCAGUUCAAUCGGAGUUAUCAGACGCCUGGUUUCGAUCCAAACUAUCCCGUUUGCGAUGCGCCAAUCACGGCCGAGUACCCAUACGGCGAUCCAUCGUUGGAAUACUUUAAGUGUCACUCAGGUGAACUCUACUACGUCUUCGGGACCUUGCCGACUACAUUGCCAUACCGCGAUGACCAAGAUCUGCCGUUCAUGCAGCGGACGCUCGACAUCUGGACCGCGUUCGCACGCACGUACAACCCGAACCCUGAUCCAGGCUACCUUGCCGCGCGCUGGUACAACGGCACGCUGGCACAACUCGCGGAGCAGAGCACCUGGGAACCCGUCACGACGCAGACCCUGACAACCACGCCUCUGUGUACGUUGCAGUGGGACAGUUUCAUGGGUCCUUUUGCAGAGCAGGAGCAAUGUGACUUCCUGAGCUAUCCGUUGGACUAUUUCGGAUAA